AUGUCCAGUCCGGCUAAAAAACGCAAACGCAAUGGUACUGAAUCGUCACCUCAAAAAGCGCGUGGUAUUGAGUCAUUCUUCAAAGGGCAGGCUAAACAGCCUCCGAAGCCAUUGGAUCCCGACGUCACAGAGCAAACUCUCUCAGACGAAGCAUUAGCACGCAAGCUCCAGGCAGAAUGGGACCAAGAAGAAAGUAACGGCCAAUCAUCUACUUCAAAUGAUCUUCGACCUUCGACACCAGAUACAGAGUCAUGUGCAGCUCCACCUUUCGCAUUAAUACCUAGUACAGAUACAACAACGAUAACACCAGCUCCAACGACGUCCAAAAAGAACACGCUAUCAUUGCAAUCAUCCUCGGGCACGGAGGAUACAGUGUCGCUUAUUGUCCCAUUUGAUCAGAGCCCGCAAACAUUCGAUGCGAGCAAAUAUGCCUCCGAGUUGCGACCGCACUGGGACUCUCAGGGCGGCGAUGCCACCUACGCGUUGCUAACAAGGGCGUUUGUCCUGGCAAAUUCCACCACAAGUCGAAUUAAAAUUGUCGACACUUUGGUCAACUUCCUUCGAGUCCUCAUCGAAGGUGACCCCGAUAGUCUUCUUCCAGCCGUCUGGCUAGCAACCAACUCUAUCUCGCCACCGUACGAUGAGAUGGAGUUAGGCUUGGGCGGCUCAUCCAUCUCCAAGGCUCUGAAGAAAAUUUACGGGCUGGAUAAUCAAGGUCUAAAGACACUCUAUGAUCGACAUGGAGAUGCAGGAGACGUUGCGUUCGAAGCCAAGAAACGCCAAUCUUUUACAUUGGUCAAGCCGAAACCUCUUCGAAUCAAAAGUGUAUACCAAUCGCUCAUCAAAAUCGCCACGAGUAAAGGGCCUGGAAGUCAAGAGACUAAACAACGAAUUGUUGAGAAGCUCUUGCAGGAUACGCGGGGCGCGGAAGAGAGUCGCUAUAUUGUCCGCACUUUGGUCCAGAACCUCAGAAUCGGCGCUGUGAAGACUACCAUGCUCAUCGCUCUUGCACGCGCAUUUCUGUAUUCGAAACCUGCUGGGGCAGAUUUUGAGAUUCGCCCACAGCAUGACCUUACUCGUUUGAAGAAAGACGAACUCUCGGAAUUAUACACUAAUGCAGAAGAGAUCGUGAAGGCGUCCUACGCGAGACACCCAGAUUACAAUGAUCUAGUUCCAUGUCUGUGCGAGAUCGGUGUGACCGACGAACUGCUUAUACGGUGUGGCCUGGUAUUGCACAUUCCACUCCGACCGAUGCUCGGAAGCAUCACGCGCGAUCUCUCAGAUAUGUUGACAAAGCUACAAGGACGAGACUUCAGCUGUGAAUACAAGUACGAUGGACAGCGAGCUCAAGUUCAUUGUGACGAGAACGGCAAAGUAUCUAUCUUUUCUCGACACCUCGAGCUCAUGACAGAGAAAUACCCCGACCUAGUAUCUCUCGUCCCCCAAAUCCGAGGCGAAGGCGUCUCAAGCUUCAUCCUAGAGGGCGAGGUAGUCGCCGUGGACCGCGAUACCGGUGACUUACAGCCAUUCCAAACACUCACCAACCGAGCAAAGAAGAAUGUCGAAAUCGGAGCCAUCACCGUCAACGUUUGUCUAUUCUCAUUCGACCUCAUGUACCUCAACGGCGAACCACUCCUCGACCGCCCGUUCCGUGAACGCCGCGAACUACUCCGGAGCCUUUUCGUCGAAAUCCCCCGUCGCUUCACCUGGGUCAAAAGCCUCGAUGCCACCUCCGCAGAUUCAGAGAGUGUACUUGAAUUUUUCAAAACCGCCACGGACGUCAAAUGCGAGGGAAUAAUGGUUAAAGUCCUCGACAAUGCCAUAAAUCCGAAUACCAAGCCACCCACCGUCCUCAACCCCGAAUCAGAGCCCCUUUCAGUAGAACCGACACCCAGCAAGACCAACACCAGUACCAAAACAAAUACAAAUACAAAUACUCGAGAAAAACCCAACCCCCGCCGCAAAGCCCUCCUAUCAACCUACGAGCCCGACAAACGGCUCGAAUCCUGGCUCAAAGUCAAAAAAGACUACAGCACCUCCUCAGAAACACUGGACCUAAUCCCAAUCGCGGGCUGGCACGGUCAAGGCCGCAAAGCAAAAUGGUGGUCCCCAAUUCUCCUCGCGGUCCGGAAUCCGGAAUCCGGGGCCCUGGAAGCCGUCACGAAAUGCAUGUCGGGAUUCACGGACAAGUUCUACCAGGCCAAUAAGGAGAAGUAUAGCGCCGGCAGUCCGAAUGUUAUCUCGCGGCCUGCGUAUGUGGAGUAUUUUGGUACGCCGGAUGUAUGGUUUGAGCCGCAGGAGGUGUGGGAGAUGGCGUUUGCGGAUAUAACGCUUAGCCCUACGUAUACGGCUGCUAUUGGGCUGGUUAGUGAUGAGCGUGGGCUGAGUUUGAGAUUUCCGAGGUUUCUGAAGGUGAGGGAGGAUAAGGGGAUUGAUGAGGCGACUAGUUCGGAUUAUUUGGCUCUCUUGUGGAGGAAACAGGGGGAGAAGGCUAAGGUUGAGGGGAAAGAGGGGCCGGAAGAGGCAUUGGGGUGGGCGGAGGAUUGA